AUGAGUGAGCAACAGAAACCCACCGGACAUGUUGGAAAUUUGACGAAGGAGGAGGAAGUGAAGUUGCAGGAACUCUGGACUGCGCUUUUCAAAGUUUGCGGGGUGAUUACCAGUGAGGGGCCGGAGAAGGAGCAGAAGCAUGAGCAGCAGAAUGGGAAUGGAGAGAAUGCCACAUCCUCUGAUACCAGUUCGCCCGAUGCGAAGAAAUCUAAGAAGAGACUGGGUUUCUUCAGCCGGAAGAGCGAGAGUCCUAGCGAGUCUCCGUCGUCAGACAGCGUGUCGAACUCAGUUGCAGCAAUGAAGCUAUCCGACGCCGACGACAAGUACGGCGAGACAAGUCAGUUUCUUGAGGCUCUAAAGGACACCUCGCCAGAAGAAAUAAGGCUUAUCUUCUGGAGCAUGGUCAGGCAUGACCACCCUGAUGCACUCUUGCUACGUUUCCUUCGUGCACGCAAGUACGAUGUCAACCGUGCCUUGGUUAUGCUGGUGUCUGCAUUCCGAUGGAGAUCACAGACCAUGAAUAUCGAUGAUAUUAUGGUUAAGGGUGACUGUUUUAUGGAAGAAGAGAGCAAAAGUGACGACCUGGCUAAGAAGCAAGAGGCCUCUGAUUUCGCAAAGCUUCUCCGGCUUGGUGAGAGUUUUAUGCAUGGCCACGAUAAAUUUGGACGACCGAUAUGCUAUAUUCCAGUGCGUCUGCACAGAAUUGGGGCUCACUGCGAGCCCAGCCUUGAAAGAUACACCGUAUACCUCAUCGAAACGUCUAGACUUCUUUUACAACCUCCAGUAGAGACUGCUGCCCUUGUUUUCGAUAUGACCGAUUUCUCGCUGGCAAAUAUGGAUUAUACACCUGUUAAAUUCAUGAUUAAGUGCUUCGAGGCCAAUUAUCCUGAAAGCUUGGGAGUGAUUCUAGUCCAUAAAGCCCCCUGGAUAUUCUCCAGCAUCUGGGCCGUCAUCAAGGGAUGGCUCGAUCCUGUGGUUGCGGCAAAGGUGCACUUUACCAAGACCCCCGAGGAUUUGGAGGCCAUUAUUCCCAGCAAGAACCUUAUCAAAUCCCUUGGUGGCGAAGAUGAGUAUGAAUAUAAAUACGUCGAACCCGUUGAGGGUGAGAAUGAUAAACAAAAGGACACCGCUCGCCGUGACGAGCUGCUGAAAACCAGAAUGGAGAUGGCCGGUGCUUUCCAGGAAGCAACUUUAGCGUGGACAGCUUCCAAGUCGAAUUCUGCUACCAGCGAGGAAGAGACCUAUAUAAAGAAAACCAGGACCGAGCUUGCUGAGAAACUUUGUGAGAACUAUUGGCAGCUUGACCCGUAUAUUCGUGCGAGAUCCAUGUACGAUCGUCUGGGUCUCAUUCCACCUCCAAAGGAAGCCAAGGAGCUUUCAGCCACUCAGCCGCUGUCUGAGAAGGUGAAUGGAGAUGCUGUUCCAGCUGCAGCUGAACAGACUGCACCUGCGGUCUGA